AUGAAUUAUUUUUCGACGAAGCAGGGUGGAAAUUUUGCAGCCAAUCAUCCUACAAAGAGAUACACCAAAGAUUAAUACUAGCAUUAUCCAAGAGAUAAUUCAAGAAGAAGUGUAGAUAUCACAGCAAAUGAAUUUCAAUCAUUUGAAAACAUUAUGGGUAUGGGCGAUAAUACUAAAAGCUAAAUAUUUGAUGAAUCUUAAAUAUAUCAAAACAGGCCUUUUCAAAUACCACAAGACCAAAAUAGUAAUCCCCAAAGCAACAAUCCUUAAUCCAAUUAAAACCAAACACACAAUAGAAAAAAGAGACAAUAAAAAGAUCAAGAAGAUAAUGACUUAGGAUGUGUGGAAAAUUGGAUCAUGGCAGACAUGAAACCAUAAAGAAAGAGAAAAUAGUCUUAUAAAUUACCUAUGAAAACAGACUCACCAAGGAUGUCUAAAGCUAAACAGAGGUAAUUUAGAGAGGAUACCGAAAUGCUUGCUAUCUCAUAAACAGUUGAUAUGAUAAGAUCGAUUGAUUCAAACAUAAGACCAUAAAAUAAGCUGAAAGUAGAUUUGAAUGGUCUCUUAGAUUCAGACUUUAUGAUGACAAAAUCUACACAGAUCAAUCAAACCUAAAUACUCACUUAAAAGCCUUCUUAAUUUGCAGCAAAUGAUAAUAAGGUUAGAAAGUACCAGGACCCGUUUCCUAAUAUAAAUGAUCAUGAUAAGGUAUUCAUUGAUUACUCAAAGUCAAAAUCAAGUGCUAAGGGCAAACAAAUCGAUGAUGAGGUAGUGAUGGUGAAUAGUAAAAAUAAACUUGAGGAUAACAAUCUCUUCAAUCAGAGUUCAACAGGACUAAUAAAAAAAAGAAAAUAAAACAGACUCUAACUUCAAACUAAUUAGCGUAAGUUAUCUAAGAAAUUAACGGCUGAUCUGAUGAGGGAUAUGGAUGGACAAUACAUGAAUGAUAAUCCUGAUAGUUCGAGUAGAGAACGAAUUUCAAGCAACAGACCCUUAUUUGGUUAAUUUGGAGUAAAAUCUUUUGGUGGUAAGGGGAGUAGAUAUGGUUUAGCUGUUGAGGAACUGUCUUAAGAAAAUAAUAUUUCCCAGAAUAUAAGUUAGAUUGGAGAUAGGAAUGACAUUUAUAAUAUUGACUAGGAUGAUGAUAGUAAUGAAGUUGAAAUGGAUAUUGAAAAUAAGGAUUUUGUGGACUAGGUUCCUUAGAAGGAGGGUGUAUUUUCGAGAUUUUUUAAAAUGGUUCGAAGAUUUAAACAGUGA